AUAUGUAGGCGACGACUUUGUAUAAAAGCACCUUUGAGAAGCCUAAAUGACACAUUUUCAGUUCAUAUCUCGAGAAGCUUGACUGAGGAUCUGAUCAAUAUCACCAAUUUUCGUAUUGAAAAGAGGACAACAUGGCAGUAAACAUGAAGAUGCUAUUCUUGGGCGGACUGGUCGUAGCAACAGUUGCAUUUGCUACAGUUGAUUAUGAAUUUGAAAAAAGCCUGAAAGACAUCCUUGCUCAGAGAAAAGGUCUAUCGUACAUGAAAAACAUGAUCCAUGAUUUGGACUCUCGCCUGGAGAACCUACAGAAAAGAACUUGCUUUCUCAACGCAGGAAUGUCACAUAGUUGUGACUAUAGGGACCUUGUCAGUGCUGUUGAUGAGCAGAAAUUCUGGGCAUCCGAAAACUCACCAGGCCGUAGGCGAAGAUCUGUUUCUUCUCUUACUUUUAACACCCCUAAGACAGGUGCUGCUUCGAGAGUUUCUAGGUUUUUGCAUUCACUUCUUCCAAGCCGACGAUAGAAGAAAUAAUCAUUUUCAAUUGUUAUGUAAUUACCAAGGUGUAGAAGAUCUUUAUUCUCUAAGGAACUUGGAAGAAGAGAAAGUCCACUAUUUGUGUCAAAUUAUUGUUUUUCUGAUUCGUUUUAAACUCCCUGAAAAAAAUAAUUUAUGUAACUUUUGUUGGAUAAUGAAUUAAAGAUAUGAUAGAAUAAAACCUGUGUCAUUUCCUGCUA